AUGAAAAGAAAGAGGAUUAUAGACGUUGAAGAAACAAUCGAGAGUAGCACAAUAAAUCAAAGAUGGAAACCUCGAAUGGCUAUGAAUUCGACGCUGGACAAAUUUCUUGCUUCAAACAGACCAUUUCGAGAUCAUAAAAUGGAUGCAGUUACAAGCGGUCAAAUGGAUAAGAAGCCACCGCUUCUUCAACAAGUCUACGCAUCUCACUUACGCUCUCCUCACAAACUCUCAAUGACUGAUGCGGAAGUUUUCUAUUACUCGUCGUUCCUUUCUCCCACUAAUUGCACUUCUCUCUACUCCACUCUAACGUCGCUUCCAUAUUGGCAACGCCCGACAUUCAAAAUCUUUGGCCGACAAGCUCAUGCGGCUCGCCUCACUUGCAGCUUCAGCUCGCAUCCAGAUAAAGAGUAUCGUUACUCGGGUACCAUUGCUGGUGCCGACGCGCCAACGUAUCCCUUACCGAUUAAACAAGUAAAGGAUAGUUUGGAACAUUUACUUGAUGAAAAGUUUAACUUUGUAUUAUUAAACUGGUAUAAAGAUGGAAACGAUUCGAUUGGAGAGCAUGCAGAUGAUGAAAGAGGAUUGGUUCCCAAUGGCAGCAUUGCAUGUGUCUCUGUCGGAGCAGAACGAACAUUGGUUUUCAGAAAAAAGAAUGAAAAAAGUCAGGUGAAGAAAGUGAUUUUAGAAGUCGGGUCACUGAUUGUUAUGAAAGGUGAGACCCAGAAGUUUUGGAAGCACGGCAUUCCAAAAGAAAGGAAAGUGCUUGGAGGGAGGAUUAGUCUUACAUUUAGGCAGUUAGAGUGA